CGCUGCCUGCGUGCCCCUGCAGAGUGUGCGUGCUGGCGCAAAGCGCGGCCUUCCGCUCUGUGCUCGUCCUCAUCAACAACAACAACAACCGGACAAAGUGUCUACCGGCUGCCGGUGCGCUGACACACCCAGAGGAACCCGCUGACACCGGCCCGCUGUGACGAUGGCAGAGACGGUGAAGUACGUGGACGAUGAACAUAAGAGCAUCUUCUUGAAGCUGCUGAACGAACAGCGACUGGAGGGCGAACACUGCGACAUCGCCGUGGUGGUGGAAGACGUCAAGUUCCGUGCUCACCGCUGUGUGCUCGCCGCCUGCUCCAACUACUUCAAAAAACUCUUUAAAAAACAUGAGGUGGACAACUCAUCUGUGAUUGAAAUUGACUUCAUCCGCUCUGAUAUCUUUGAGGAGGUGUUGAACUACAUGUACACCGCAAAGAUCUCUGUGAAGAAGAGAGACGUCAACCUCAUGAUGUCAUCAGGACAGAUCCUCGGCAUCCGCUUCCUCGACAAACUCUGCUCCCAGAAACGAGAUGUGUCAUCAGAGGACAAAGAGAAGUUUCCUUAUGACAUCGUAAAGAUGGCGCUGCCGCCUGAGGCUCAGCUGGCUGCUGACGCUGAGGUGCUCGGCGAGCACGAUGACACUCCCACUACAGAAGACCUGGUCGAGGCGUCUGCCAAUCAGGAGCUGGAUAAGUCUCCGAGUGCAGCACUGCGCGUCCAGGAAGCCAUCCUGAAAGAACUGACCAAUGAGGAUGUACACAAGGUGACCUGCUACGACCAGGAUGUGGUGACAGAAAUGGAGGCGGAACCUAAAGAGCUGGGGGCAGAGCACCACGCCACACAAACACUGACAUUUGCAGACAGUAUGGGGGAGGUGAAGGACGAGCAGCCGCCCGGCUGGUCGACGGCCACGACCGACAUGAAGUUUGAAUAUCUGCUGUACGGACACCGAGAGCAGCUUGCCUGCCAGGUGUGUGGGAAGACCUUCCUGGACGAGAGCAGACUCAGGAAACACGAGAAGCUUCAUUCAGCAGAGCGCCCGUUCGCCUGUGAGAUCUGCACCAAAGCUUUUACCACCCAUGCUCACCUGAAAGAACACCUGAAGAUCCACACGGGCUUCAAACCGUACAGGUGUGACGUUUGUGGGAAAUCAUUCAUACGAGCUCCAGACCUGAAAAAACACGAACGAGUUCACAGCAACGAGAGACCGUUCGCCUGCCAGAUGUGUGACAAGGCAUUCAAACACAAGUCCCACCUAAAGGAUCAUGAGAGGAGACAUAGAGGAGAGAAACCGUUCGUCUGUCCGUCCUGCACCAAGGCCUUCGCUAAGGCAUCAGAUCUGAAGCGUCAUGAGAACAACAUGCACAGUGAGAGGAAACAGCUGAAUCCAAUGCAGAGCGACACAGAAACACUGCAGGCUGCUGCCAUGGCUGCAGAGGAACAACAUCUGGAUGGCAUCAGCUGCUCCUAACAUCUGGACAUCAUCAGCUGCUGCUCCUAACAUCUGGACACGUCAGCUGCUGCUCCUAACAUCUGGACAUCAUCAGCUGCUGCUCCUAACAUCUGGACACGUCAGCUGCUGCUCCUAACAUCUGGACACAUCAGCUGCUGCUCCUAACAUCUGGACAUGUCAGCUGCUGCUCCUAACAUCUGGACAUGUCAGCUGUUGCUCCUAACAUCUGGACACGUCAGCUGCUGUUCCUAACAUCUGGACACGUCAGCUGCUGCCCCUAACAUCUGGACAGCAUCAGCUGCUGCUCCCAACAUCUGGACACGUCAGCUGCUGCUCCUAACAUCUGGACAUGUCAGCUGCUGCUCCUAACAUCUGGACAUCAUCAGCUGCUGCUCCUAACAUCUGGACACGUCAGCUGCUGCUCCUAACAUCUGGACAUCAUCAGCUGCUGCUCCUAACAUCUGGACACGUCAGCUGCUGCUCCUAACAUCUGGACACGUCAGCUGCUGCUCCUAACAUCUGGACAUCAUCAGCUGCUGCUCCUAACAUCUGGACACGUCAGCUGCUGCUCCUAACAUCUGGACAUCAUCAGCUGCUGCUCCUAACAUCUGGACAUCAUCAGCUGCUGCUCCUAACAUCUGGACACAUCAGCUGCUGCUCCUAACAUCUGGACACGUCAGCUGCUGCUCCCAACAUCUGGACAUGUCAGCUGCUGCUCCUAACAUCUGGACACAUCAGCUGCUGCUCCUAACAUCUGGACAUGUCAGCUGCUGCUCCUAACAUCUGGACAUGUCAGCUGUUGCUCCUAACAUCUGGACACGUCAGCUGCUGCUCCUAACAUCUGGACAUGUCAGCUGCUGCUCCUAACAUCUGGACAGCAUCAGCUGCUGCUCCCAACAUCUGGACACGUCAGCUGCUGCUCCUAACAUCUGGACAUUGUCACUGUAUUCGGGGUGCUUUGAUUGUAUCUUCAUUGAUUCUUUGAUGUAAACAGAGUUGAAGUCGUGGGUUUGUAUGAUUUUUUUUUUUUCCUGAACCUGAUGUGACUUUAACUUGAAUUGAUGACCUCAGCAAUCAUGUGAUGAACAUGUUAAACAUGGACACCUCCGUGUCCUCUGGCUUCAUGUAUGAUUUGUAAUGUCUGUACAGAAAGGCUCCAUUUUGUGUCGUUGUAUAUAAAAUAGUUCUGUUCAGUUUCAUGAGCAGAGCGACUGUUUUUAAA